AUGGCGGCGCUCGGCGGCUUGCUUGCCGCAGCCAUCCUCAAGGUGGUGGCCGACCAGAUUGGUUCGGCAAUUGGAGGUCAGAUCAUGAUGCAGAAGAACUUCGAGAAGGAGCUGAGGAAGAUGAAAAUGGCUCUGGAGUCCGUCGAGGCGGUGCUCAAGGUCGCCGAGAGGCGGUCCAUCACCGACGAACCGACGCUUCUGUGGCUGAAGCGGCUUAAGGACGCCAUGUAUGCCAUCUCCGACAUGAUUGAUGAGUUCGAGGCUGACACUGAAGCGAUCUCUAAACCGUCUGCUCGGAAGUUAUCCUUCAAAAAAUAUUUGGCAAUUAUGAUCCCUUGUAUUACAAUUGUUCCCAAGAUUACAAUGGCCAAUAAGAUGGAGAAAAUGAGAGAAGAUCUGGAGGUGAUAACAGAUCAACACAACAAAUUCAAAUUAAAUGAAGGGACUAACGUCAAUGAGCCACACGCAACCGACAUACGGGAAACAUCGUCAACCUUGGAGACCCAAAUUAUUGGAAGAACCGAGGAGAAAGAGGAAAUUUUGGCCUCUUUAUCCGAGAGCAUGACAGAAGAGAUCACAAUCCUUCCUAUAUAUGGCAUUGGAGGCAUUGGCAAGACAACCUUGGCCAAAAUGAUUUACAAUAAUACCCUGUUCAAAGAAUACUCUCAGGUGUGGGUCUAUGUGUCCCAAACAUUUGAUUUGAAGAAAAUCGGGAACUCUAUCAUAACACAACUAUCAGAAAAAGAGAUGGAAAGUGACUACACUGAAGUUGAGAUGAUACAUAAAUCACUUCAAAAGCUCAUCGCCAAUAAGAAGAUUCUAAUUGUUUUAGAUGACCUAUGGGAGGGUGAGGAAUUUCAUCUGGAAAGACUCAAGGUUAUGCUAAGUGUUGGGAAGGGUGGUAAUGUGGUUAGUAUUGUAACCACACGCGAUGAAAACAUUGCAAAAAACAUCUCUACCAUCAAACCAUACAAAUUAGCACCAUUGACUGAUGAUAUCUGUUGGUCUAUAAUAAAGCAAAAUAGUGCAUUUGAAUCUAGACGCGAUAAAGAACAAUUAGAGGAGAUAGGGAAGGUCAUUGCAAUGAAGUGUGCUGGUGUGGCUUUAGCAGCUAAAGCACUUGGAUACAUGCUGCGAUCUAUGAAGAUUGGUGAAUGGGAAUCAAUGAGAGGCAGUGAUAUAUGGAAUGUAUCUACUUUGAAAGAUACAUCUUCUACGCAAGUUCUUGCGUCUUUGAAGUUGACCUAUAGUGUUAUGCCUUCAUAUUUGAAGCUUUGCUUUGCCUAUUGUGCAAUAUUUCCAAAAGGUCACAAGAUAAUUAAAGGUGAUCUUAUUCACCAAUGGGUGUCUCUUGGUUUCUCUACUUGUCUGCUUGCUAAGAGAUAUAUUAAUCAACUUUUGGGACUCUCUUUCCUUGAACAUUCGAAGUCAACAUCGUGGUGA